CCCCCUGUGCAUAGACCCGGUCAGCCGUCUCGAGUCAGUUCGUUCACUCAUGUUCACGUUCGGUGUUCAUGUUCGGUCAUUCUCUCGGUCUCAGUCUUUCACAGUCAGCUAACCCCACCCACCCAGCCACAGGGCGAGGUGCGACGAUAGGAUAGAACUGACUCUUCACUCAAUCAAAAAAAAAAAAAAUAAUAAUUUGCAACUGAACGGACUGAACGGGUAUUAAAGGGGCGGUGACCUCGUUCAUUCAGUUCACAAAAAUAACUACUUCUUUUGACCCGUUCGUUCAUGACCAACACACCACUAGUCUUUUGACAGGAAGUAUUGAAUUUGAAAACAUGGCGGCACGCAAAACUGCACAUUUUUUCGUGCGAGAAGGAAACUAACCAUCUUAUUAAUGUGGCACAAAUAACACAGUUCAAGUGCGGAGUGCACCUUGGAAGAGAAGGAGUGAAGCGGCGAGUGUAACUCAGGAAAAGGCAUGAACCUCUUAUAUACACAUGAGGAGAGGAGGAUGCUUUAUGCUUUGGGAAAAAAAGUGGAAAAGAGGUGGGAUAUAGAGUGGAUGACAAUCCAUAUUUGGAAAAAAACCCAGGUCACAUGUAGGUGCCGAUAGGAGGCAGGACACUUUGCUUCAGUCGCACCAUCUCUAACCUGCUCUUGCACUCUACUCCCACACUACCUUCAACUUCCACACUGGGGGUUCUUCACAACUCUUUGCCUGCAGACUGAACUCAGGAGUUUCUCUGCAUCAAUGGAUUUGCGUAAGCGCGUUUGGAGUGUGAGUGCAGUGUUUGGCUUGCUGCUUCUUGUCGAUUCACUUUGUGCAUUAACAUGGGAGGUUCCUCGCUUUGAUGGAUGGUACAACAGUUUAGGGUGUCCUAAACGUGGAGCCGUAGGAUCGCGUCUCGUGAGGCUAGUACCCGCGCACUUCCGGGAUGGAGUCUAUCAAGCUCAGCACGAGCCACUGCUACCCAAUCCGAGACGACUGAGCCUCAUGAUCAGUGAGGGCACUUCCGGUUUGCCAUCAACGAACAACCAAACUGUGCUUUCUUUGUUUUUUGGUUAUCAUAUUGUAUUUGAGAUAAUUAACUCAAGAGCUACUGGGUGCCCACCUGAAUUCAUGAACAUCCCGGUUCCUCGAGGUGACCCUGUUUUUGACCCAACUGGUACUGGUGAAGUUCUGCUGCCCUUCCAAAGAGGUCCAUGGGACAAAGACACCGGCCAGAGUCCAAGCAACCCUCGAACACCGGUCAAUAUGGUCACAGCAUGGAUUGAUGGCAGCUCCAUCUAUGGCCCAUCUACUUCCUGGUCGGAUUCUCUGAGAAGCUUCUCUGGGGGUCUCUUGGCCUCCACCUUGGAGUGGAACAUGCCGAAAGAGGCAGCAGGACACGGUCUCAUGUGGAGCGCUGCUGACCCCGUAUCAGGUCAUCAUGGACCUCAAGGCCUCUAUGAGUUGGGAAAUGCUUGGGCCAAUGAGAACAUUUUCACAGCAGCAGAGGGGAUUAUCUGGUUUCGUUACCACAAUUAUGUUGCCUCCAAACUGCAAGAGGAACACCCACAAUGGUCAGACGAGGAGUUGUUUCAAAAUGCCAGAAAGACAGUUGUGGCCACAUUCCAGAAUAUUGCUCUUUACGAAUGGCUGCCUGUAUACCUGGGAGACAGAACUCUUCCUCCAUAUCCAGGCUAUCAGAAAUUUGUUGAUCCUGCAAUCUCCCCUGAGUUUCAGGCUGCUGCUAUGAGAUUAGGCAUCACUAUGGCUCCACCUGGGGUUUAUAUGAGGAACAGAACCUGCCAUUUUCGGAGCACGAUCAACAUGGAUGGGAGUUCAUCACCAGCCUUGCGUCUGUGUAACAGCUUUUGGAAACGUCAGGACAUCAAUGUGAAGACUAGUCAGGAUGUGGAUGACCUGAUCAUGGGCAUGACCUCUCAGAUUGCUGAGAAAGUUGACCACAUUGUUGUGGAGGACCUAAGAGACUUCAUGUACGGACCUCUAAGAUUUACUCGCACAGAUUUGGUAGCACUGACGGUUCAAAGAGGGCGGGACUUUGGUCUUGGCAGCUACAAUGAAGUCAGACAAGCGCUGGAUCUGCCACCUAUAAAGACAUUUGAAGACAUAAAUCUCGAGCUCAACCGGACCAACCCGCAGUUGCUCCGUAAAGUUGCACGACUUUAUGAUGGCGAUGUUUCCAAGCUGGAGCUUUUCCCUGGAGGACUGAUUGAGUCAUUUGGGAGCCCGGGUCCAGUUUUCUCUGCCAUUAUCUUGGACCAGUUUGAACGCAUUCGGAAUGGUGACCGCUUUUGGUUUGAGAACAAACAGAAUGGUUUGUUCCAAGACGAAGACAUCCAAAGGAUCCGCAAUGUGACUUUUCAUGAUGUCCUUGUUGCAGUCACGAGCGCUGAGGCUUCAGACAUACAAAACAGUGUAUUCUUAUGGAAGAGUGGUGACCCUUGUCCUCAACCUGCUCAGCUGAAAGCAUCAAUGCUCCAUCCCUGCACUAAUGCAACCAAACUUAAUUACUUUGAUGGGAGCAAAGCUGGCUUUGGGAUAUUUAUUGUCAUUCUAUUCCUCUUUCCAGUUGUUAGUUAUUCAGUGGCCUGCAUGGUGGCAUAUCUUCAAAAGUGGCGCUAUAGGAAGUUCCAGAAAAGACAUGAAAAUGUUGUUAGAACAGACGAUACGGCUUCUGGAUUUCCUGCAUAUGAGUGGCGAGGCUAUAGAAAACCUCUGCAUCCCAUCAAGGUGGACAUCAGAGAGAAGAAGUGCCUGCACAUUCAGGACAGAUCUGGAGCCUCUCUCCGCUUCCUGAAUCUGGACAAGCAGCACUGCCUUGAUGUGCUUCUCUCAAAUGAUCGCCAGUGUAAAGCUAUGCUGCUCAAAAUACCCAAAGAGUAUGACCUGGUGUUAUUCUUUGAUGAUGAGGGCAGACGUGCAGCAUUCCUCAAGUGUCUCCACCCAGAGAUGACUGACCUCAGUCACGAGAUUAUACUGAAGGAGAUGAGAGAAAAGGAGCUCCUGAAGGAGGCCUUAACAGGAGAACAAAGGGCUCAGAUUGUGGAAACAUUCAUCCGACAUACUUUCUCCAAGGUUUUAGAUAUAGAAAAAUGCGAUGCCGGGGACCUGAGCGGUGUUUGCCGCAAGAAAGCCAAAGAGCUUCUACAGUGCGAAUUAACGGCUGCAGAAUUUGCUAAUGCACUGGGCCUCAAGUCAGGCUCCUUAUUUGUGGACUCCAUGUUCACGCUGGCUGAUAAAGAUGGCAACGGCUAUCUGUCCUUCCAGGAGUUUCUUGAUGUCAUGGUCAUUUUUAUGAAAGGGUCCCCUGAGGAGAAGUCAAAACUGAUGUUCUCCAUGAAUGACAUCAGCGGAAGCGGUUAUUUAUCAAAAGAAGAAUUUACCAGGAUGCUAAGGUCUUUGAUUGAAAUCUCAAACGGUGCACUGUCAAAGCGGCAGACGGAGAACGGCAUCAGUGCCAUGAUGCAGGCGGCUGGGUUCGAUAAAAAAGAGAAAAUGACCUGGGAAGACUUCCAUUUCCUGCUGCGGGAUCAUGAGAGGGAGCUGCAGUUUGCCCAGCUAAGUGUUAAAGGGGCGGAGCAACAAGGAAGUACAUUUCUUCGUCGAGACCAGAGAGUUUCCUUUAUCUGCCCAGCGAGCAGCAAGGCAGAUGGGCUGGAUAUACGCAGACGGAAAAAGUUGGAUCUCACCAAUCCAAACGUAUACGUGAAGCCCAAGCGCGAGCGGUUCAUAAGAAGUCCCAUCAAGCAGAAAAUCCAACAGUUCAAACGAUUCAUUGAGAACUAUCGUCGCCAUAUUGUCUGCUUCAUUGUGGUCUAUGGAGUCACAGCUGGUGUGGCCCUGGAGAGAUGCUACUACUACAGUUUGCAGGCCACAUCUACAGGCAUCCCUGAGACUUCAGUCGUGGGCAUUGUCGUGUCUCGAGGUUCAGCCGCCGCCAUCUCCUUUCUCUUUCCGUACAUGCUCCUCACAGUGUGCCGCAACCUCAUCACGCUUUGCAGAGAGACUUUCCUGAACAGAUACAUCCCCUUCGAUGCCGCCAUUGACUUUCAUCGUUUCAUGGCCGUGACUGCCGUCGUCCUCUCAGUUGUUCACAGCUUGGGUCAUGUGGUCAACAUCUACAUAUUUUCCAUCAGUGACCUCAACAUCCUGUCUUGUCUGUUCCCAAAGGUUUUCGCCAACAAUGGGUCAGAACUUCCUCUCAAGUGGUCGUGGUGGUUUUUUCAAACCGUUCCAGGUAGGUUAGGAGAUCCUUAUGUCACAAGCGAGUAUGUUUCUUGUUACACUGCACUGUUUGCUCUCUUGACAGGGCUUACCGGUGUCCUCCUUCUCUUCACGAUGUCGUUCAUGUAUGUUUUUGCCUCCCGUUAUUUCCGCCACAUCAGUUUUCGAGGGUUCUGGGUCACACACUACCUUUACAUUGUUGUGUAUAUAUUGAUAGUUCUUCAUGGCAGUUUCGGCCUUCUUCAAGAACCGCGUUUCUACAUCUUCCUCAUCCCACCUGCAUUGCUCUUCUUGCUGGAUAAACUCAUCAGUCUAAGUAGGAAGAAGGUGGAGAUUCCUGUAAUUAGAGCAGAGCUGCUGCCUUCAGGUGUAACUCAUCUGGAGUUCAAACGACCACAAGGGUUUGUGUAUCGUUCUGGACAGUGGGUCCGCAUCGCAUGCUUGCUGUUGGGGACAGAUGAGUACCACCCUUUUACGCUGACAUCAGCCCCUCAUGAGGAGACCCUCAGCCUGCAUAUUAGGGCUGUGGGGCCCUGGACCAGCCGGUUGCGAGAGCUCUACAGUGAAGAAAGUCUGCUUCAACUUGGAGCUCAUCCAAAGCUGUACCUGGAUGGCCCAUUCGGAGAGGGACACCAGGAAUGGACUGACUUUGAAGUGUGUGUCUUGGUGGGAGGAGGAAUCGGUGUCACGCCAUUUGCCUCCAUCCUCAAAGACCUGGUGUUCAAGUCCUCCAUCAAGUCCAAGAUUCAGUGUAAAAAGGUCUACUUCAUCUGGGUGACACGCACACAGCAUCAGUUUGAGUGGGUGUCAGACAUCAUCAGGGAGGUGGAGGACAUGGACUCGCUGGAGCUGGUGUCAGUUCACACUUACAUCACUCAGGUGGCCGAGAAGUUUGACCUCCGCACCACCAUGCUGUACGUGUGUGAGCGCCACUUCCAGAAAGUGUGGAGCCGCAGUCUUUUCACCGGCCUGAGGUCCGUCACUCACUUCGGCCGUCCGCCUUUCGUUUCUUUUUUCAGCUCACUGCAGGAGGUUCACCCAGAGGUGCCUAAGAUUGGUGUCUUCAGCUGUGGGCCACCAGGACUCACCAAGAACGUGGAGAAAGCCUGUCAGCACAUGAACAAGAGGGACCAGGCACUGUUCAUGCAUCACUAUGAAAACUUUUAAAUGGCUGAUCAUGUUAUUGAUGCAGGUGCUGGACAAUUUAGAAGGAUAUUUUUUACCAAGAUCAGGCUUUGAAAACAAACUCAAGAUCCAAAGUGGGUCCUGAAAUUGUUUAAAUUGUUGAUUGUCAGAUUCAAAUGUAAAAUUCAUAAAUUUAUUCAUUUUCUACCGCUGCUGGUAGCGGCCUAUCCCAGCUGUCUUCGGGAGAGA